AGUAAAUGAGGGUCGAAAAGAGGCGUUUAAUCGUUGCAGAGCCGUGCAGGGAAGGACGAAAUGAGAGACGGAACGACGUAUUCUAGAAUGAGAGAAAGAGUGAUGAUGGCAAAAAAAAAAAAGGAUAUCGGGGUAGCGCGUGAGCCGAGAAGGCACAAACACAUACACUGACACACAUUACAGCAUCGCCGACAAUUAACUGAACUGACCUGAUGAAAAUUACGAGUUGACGAGAGAGUAACCGAUACAGAGAUUGUAAAUAACGGACCACUGUUUUACUUCGGAUAAAUGUUGGAUAUCGAUCGACUGACACGAGGCAAGCUUGGUGUGAUAUAUGAUGGUUCGCUGUGUGUCGAAAUAUGUAUUGUAAAGACCGUGUUAGCGAGGCGGUUGACAGAAUAAAAAUAUGAUAAUCGAUUACGAGAGCUCGGUCUCGGGUAAAAAAUCACAAAAUCUCGAGGCCGAGUGAUCAUAAACACGCGCAUCCAUUAUUUAAAAUAUAUAUAUAAAAUGAAAUGAAAAUCGAGAUAUCCUUUUGAAGUAAGAGAAAUAAAAAGAAUGCAGAAGUAACACUUAGCGAUUAAUUGUUCGUUAUUGCGAUACGAUGAUGACGAAUUCAUUUAGUGAGCAACAAGAGAAAGUGCGACGGAACGAAAUGUUUACAGUAAAACUGGCAACAGCAAGAAUAUGAAGUAACUUACAACUAUUAAUAAAAAAAACAAAGAAAAACUUAAACUAUCGUUCUGUGUUUGUCGCGCAAAUUAAACGACCGAGACAAUUAUUAUGCAAUUGUCGCGACCAUGACCUUGCGCACUUUGGGUGUUCCCCGAUAACUGCACACACACUUAAAAGAAAGCGUGUCUAUUCCCAUCUUUAUCCCCUUUGAAAAAUGUGCAAUCACAUUCAUAAUCCUUUUUGAAAUAAAAAGAAACGAAAACAUACAUGAAGUACAUAAGGAAAUGAAAAAAAAAUUAUUAAUCCAGUAAUGACGUAAUAUAAAUGACGAUGAAGAGUAUCUUAGACAUUAAACGCAUUACACCGUUCACCCGCAUUCUAUCGCAUCAUCUCGUUUGCUACUUGAUCACUCAUCGUAACGAAGAGUCUAUCCUUUUUUAAAUGUAGAAAACGUUGUUGAGGUAAUCAUUAAUCAAUCAGGUUACGCGCGAUAAAUAUGGCCAAGGCAAUCGAUGUGAAAAUGUCUAUUGUAUGUAUAGACAGUGCUUAUUGAGAGUUGAGAAAAGAAGGCAAAGCGGAGAGAAGGUGAGAAGGAGGAAAUGAAGGUACGAAAAUGGAGCGGGUUAUGCUGGAGGAAGUGCUUGUCGAAAUUGUUUCUUUUUUAUCGUUAGAUCUUAAGAUGUAAUGUCUAAUAACCAGCGAUCCCUCGUGUUUUAGUUGUUAUAAUGCGGAAAAUAAAUAUGAGAAUUAAUGGAGAAUUAAUAAAGUGAUUAUUACUUAUUGUAUCUGUCUCUUUAAACGGCGUUGAGGAUUGCAAAAUAUUAUUGCUAUUACAUUGAUAUUAUUAUUGUAAUUAUAUAGCUAAUAUAUAAAAGAAGUAUAUAUAUAAAAUUAUUGAAAAAAUACAUCGGUUUAUAUUACGCAAAGUUGAAAAAAAACGAAGAGAAAAAUUGGCUUAUGGCGAUGCAAUGGCAAUGGAUUUAAAAAAUACAUCACUUGAUCGACUUGAUCCGAUAAAUCAGAACAUGAAGAUGCAACUUAAUAUUAUAUUAUACACAUUCUUAAUAUCUAUCUGUAGCUACGUGAAUUCACGUGUUUUUAUCUCAGAAAAUGUGGUAAAAGUGUUAAGAGAAUAUGUGACUUGUAAUACGCGUAUCGCUUCUUGACGUUUUCAUUAUUGCAUCUGCAUUCGCACGAUUAAUUUAUAAAUAAACGAUAUCAAUAAGACACAAAAUGUCGAUAAUUCUGUUUUUAUAAAUGUCAAUAUUACGUUAUUAUUAGUAAGAUUUUGUCUUUAUUUGUCUAUCUACUUUCAACAUUUAUUUGACGCACACUUUCUUCUUGUUCUGUGAAUCGAAAAACCUUUGAUCCUUUUUUUUCUCUUUCAAUCCACUUUUAAUUUUGUCUGAUAAUGUCGCGAAGCCAGUAAUUUUAUUUUAAUUUUAUUUUGGCUUCGAAAGCAGAAGAAAACUGGCACAUGAGAUAUGAAGCGGUAAGUAUAAAAUCUCUGUACGCCGCGCCAGUUCAAAUCGUCCCGCGCUAAUAGUGAUCUGACUCGUCACCGAAACCAUCAGAGACCGUCGCCCUGCUUUCAAUGAUAAUCAUCCAUUUCAACAACAAUAUGCUUUAUUGAACAAAUUGAUCCGACCGGAUAACUCGACGCGCCGCGACGACCAGUCCGUGCUUAGAUUCCCAAGAAUAGUAAUAAAUUCUGCCGACCUCGUAUUCGUUUGAAAAACAGAGCUGCCAGCAAUUCGUCACAAAUAAUCAUUGCUUCGAAAUAAUUAAACAAAGAGCAAACCCAAUGAACCCGAAAAAUCCUUUGCGCCGAAGUAUCAUCUCUGCGCGAUAAUCGCGCAUCUCGAGCCGAUCAUUCAGUGCGCACGCGUGACCUUUCCAAGGUGACAGCGGCGGCGCAGGCAGUCUGCGACGGGUCUUACUCUACCGCUGUUGCUCCCCCCUCUCCCCCCCCCCCCGCGCGAGACUACCGCGCCGACCGCUUGCUUGCCGGACUUUCGCCCGCUGCAGCAUCAGUACGCACAUCUCCGCCGCUCUGAGCGAGUGUCGUCGGUCCGUUUUUAAUUUCUUCUUUUCUGGCAUAAGUAAGAGUAGUCAACGGUACUAGAUUCAGGAUGUCGGUGAGCGACGCCGAUCACGAGAAGAGGAAGCAGAUCUCGGUGCGGGGCAUCGUCGACGUCGAGAACGUCGCCAAUUUCAAGAAGACCUUCAACAGGCAUCUCCACUACACCCUCGUGAAAGAUCGUAACGUAGCAACAUCGCGCGACUACUACUUCGCCCUCGCCCACAGCGUCAAGGACAAUCUCGUCUCAAGGUGGAUCCGUACUCAGCAGUAUUACUACGAGAAUGAUCCCAAGAGAUGCUACUAUCUGUCCCUCGAGUAUUACAUGGGAAGAACCCUGCAGAACACGAUGAUCAAUUUGGGCAUCCAGGGCGCCUGCGAUGAAGCCAUGUACCAAAUGGGUCUGGACAUCGAGGAGCUCGAGGAUCUCGAAGAGGACGCCGGUCUUGGCAACGGUGGUCUCGGUCGUCUGGCCGCCUGUUUCCUAGACAGUAUGGCAACUCUGGGUCUGGCCGCCUACGGCUACGGUAUCCGUUAUGAAUACGGUAUCUUUGCGCAGAAGAUCAAGAACGGCGAGCAGGUCGAGGAGCCCGACGAUUGGCUCAGGUAUGGCAACCCCUGGGAGAAGGCCAGGCCCGAGUUCAUGCUGCCCGUUAACUUCUACGGACACGUCAUCGACACACCCGAGGGCAAGAAGUGGGUCAACACGCAGGUCGUCUUCGCCAUGCCCUACGACAACCCUAUUCCUGGAUACAAGAACAACGUUGUCAAUACCCUGAGGCUCUGGUCAGCCAAGUCCCCGGUUGAGUUCAAUCUCAAGUUCUUCAACGACGGUGACUACAUCCAAGCUGUGAUCGAUAGGAAUCUCGCUGAGAACAUCACCCGAGUUCUCUAUCCGAACGACAACUUCUUCGAGGGCAAGGAGUUGCGCCUGAAGCAGGAAUACUUCAUGGUAGCCGCUACCCUUCAGGACAUCAUUCGUCGUUACAAGUCUAGCAAGUUUGGUUCUCGGGAGCACCACAGAACCGACUUCGACUCUUUCCCCGACAAAGUGGCUAUCCAGCUCAACGAUACGCAUCCAUCCCUCGCUAUUCCUGAGCUCAUGAGAAUCCUUAUUGAUAUCGAGGGUCUUUCUUGGGAUAAGGCAUGGGACAUCACGGUUCGCACUUGCGCGUACACGAACCACACUGUACUGCCAGAGGCUUUGGAAAGGUGGCCAACAAGCAUGUUGGACAGUAUUCUGCCGAGACAUCUCCAGAUCAUAUAUCACAUCAACUUCCUGCAUCUUAAGCAAGUCGAGGCUAAGUUCCCAGGUGAUCUCGACCGACUUCGGCGUAUGUCUCUGAUUGAGGAAGAAGGCGAGAAGAGAGUGAACAUGGCGCAUUUGUCCAUUGUCGGUAGCCACGCUGUCAAUGGUGUUGCCAGAAUUCACUCUGAAAUCUUGAAAGACUCUGUCUUCCGUGAUUUCUAUGAACAUACCCCGGAGAAAUUCCAAAACAAAACAAAUGGUAUCACUCCUAGAAGGUGGCUGCUCUUGUGUAACCCCAACCUUUCUGAUGUCAUUGAAGAGAAAAUUGGAAGCGAUUGGACCGUUCACUUGGAGCAGCUCGCUCAGCUGAAGCAGUGGGCUAAGGAUCCAUCAUUCCAACGCACCAUAGUCAAAGUUAAGCAAGAGAACAAAAUGAAAUUGGCCGAGAUUCUCGAGCGUGACUACGGUGUCAAAAUCAACCCGUCGUCGAUCUUCGACAUCCAGGUUAAGCGUAUUCACGAGUACAAGCGCCAGCUGCUCAACUGCUUGCACGUCAUCACGCUCUUCAAUCGCAUCAAAAAGAAUCCGAAUGCGCCUGUGGUGCCACGUACCGUCAUGAUUGGUGGCAAAGCCGCGCCUGGUUAUCAUCUCGCUAAAAAAAUCAUCAAGCUCAUCUGCAGCGUAGCGAACGUUGUCAACAAUGAUCCCAUCGUAGGCGACAAGCUGAAGUUCAUUUUCUUAGAAAACUACAGAGUCACUCUGGCUGAGAAGAUCAUUCCAGCUGCUGACCUCAGUGAGCAGAUCUCAACUGCCGGUACUGAAGCGUCAGGAACCGGUAACAUGAAAUUCAUGUUGAACGGAGCAUUGACCAUUGGUACCCUUGACGGAGCUAAUGUGGAGAUGGCCGAGGAAAUGGGUAAUGAAAACAUCUUCAUUUUCGGUAUGACCGUUGAUGAAGUAGAAGCUUUGAAGAAGCGAGGCUACAAUGCUUACGAUUAUUACAAUAAACUGCCGGAAGCGAAACAGUGCAUCGACCAAAUCCAAGGAGGAUUCUUCAGUCCAAACAAUCCCAAUGAGUUCCAAGAUAUCGUGGACGUUUUGAUGAAGUGGGACCGAUACUAUCUCUUGGCUGAUUAUGAAAGCUACAUCAACUGCCAGGAUCAAGUAUCCAAGACUUACUUGGAUGAAUCGAAAUGGGUGGAAAUGGCUAUUCACAACAUUGCCUCGUCUGGUAAAUUCUCAUCGGACAGAACGAUCGCCGAAUACGCUAGGGAAAUUUGGGGUGUAGAGCCGAACUGGCAGAAACUCCCUGACCCUCAUGAGCCCCGUGAUAUUUAAGUCUACUAAUGAUUCUCAACGUUUUAAUAUAAGAAUUGGCGUCACUUGUCGCGCGCCAGUCAGGCGAGAUGUCUCAUAUAUAUAUGUAAUAAUGUUUCUUGAAAUUCGAAUCACGCAGUUACGCUUAUCCAUUAUUCGUUUAUACGUAAAAAGCGCUUGAUUUUAUUUCGAGUCGAUUGACAUCGUGAUGGCAUGUGCACUUUGAUAUUGGCAAAACUUUAAUUUUUAAGUGAAAGAUGUUUUAAAGAAAAAAAUUAAGUGAAAAAGUCUAUAGUAUUAAGAAAGUGUAUAAGCUGACGCGCGAGGCGUUUUUAAAAACUUUUGUUCAACUGUUUUACCACACAAUCAUACGCCUUUAUUUGAUUUAGUUUAUAAUCACAUUUAAAGACUUUGUCAUUUGAAUUUUAUAUACGUGUACGUCUUAUACUUUCUUUAUUUUAUUUUAUUUUAUUUUUUGAAACUGCUCUAGUCUGUGAAAAACGUGACAGAACUAUCUUUUUUCUCGAACAAAUUGUAUACGUUAAUUAUGAUCUUUUCGUUUGAUACGAUAGAUUUCAGAUUGAGAGUUAGCAAAUUUUUUUAGCCUUUAGCGAACAUCGACGUUUUUGUUGUUAUCAAAGGCGAAUUGAUAUUCUGCUUAUACCUAUUGUAUAGAAUUAUUGUUAACAAUUUUAACCUCUAGCUCGUGUGUGUUCCAAAGAUUUUUCCAGAAAAAAAGUUUGCUACUGUGUUCGCUAGCGAAUCGCGCCAGAGAUAUUUUCACGUAGCAACGAUAUUGGCUGCGUCCUCCAGUUCCUUCGUCAGAGCAAAUCCAAUGUCACGUACAAGUUCAACAAACAAAAGUUCGAUAAAAAAGCCCAACGAAUAUCAUAAUCACAUUUACAAACGACAAUUAAACGCACAAUGAAAUACCUACUGUUGAUAAUUUUUACAAAUUUUACGCAGUUUUACACGAAUAAUGAAAAUAUAUACCGAGACAAGAUUUUUAUGAAAAGUUGUUGUACAGUUGUUGAUCGUUAAAGCGUAAAAAAUACUCAAACAAAUAGAAGAAUAAAGGCUGGCCUAUUUUCGUAAUAAACAAACUGAAAAUUUAUCUGUGUGAUUCGGACUUUGUUACUUAAGCAAUACGUCUCAAUAUCACAGCACGAUGAACUGAUAAAUGUGAAAAAAUCUAUAUAUACAUAAAAAGAAAAAAAUAAAAUAAAAACUCCAUUGCUGUAAAAAUCGA